CGCGGCCGCGGGUGGGCGGAGCUGGCCGGGAUGAGCGGCGGAGGGACGGAGACCCCCGUGGUUUGUGAGGCCGCGUCGGGCGGCGGCGGCGGCGGCGGCGGCAAGAAGAAGGACUCGCUGGGGACCGCGGGCUCGCCAGCCCACCUCAUUAUCAAGGAUCUCGGAGAAAUUCAUUCAAGGCUGUUAGAUCACAGACCAGUUAUCCAAGGUGAAACCCGUUAUUUUGUGAAAGAAUUUGAAGAAAAACGUGGUCUUCGAGAAAUGCGAGUUCUUGAAAACUUGAAGAAUAUGAUCCAUGAGACAAAUGAACGUACUCUUCCCGCGUGCAGGGAGGCCAUGCACGACAGCUUGAACCACGUUCUCCAGAGACUGCAAGCAGCUACGGACUCGGUCUGUAGGCUCCAACAGAGGGAACAGGAGCGAAACAAGAUGCGUAAUGACCAUUUAAUAGCUAGUGAGAAACAGCAUAUAAUGCAGUGGGAGGAUUUCAUGAAAGAACAACACAGCAAACAGGCUGAAGUGGACGAAGAGCACAGAACAGCCAUGGAGAGGCUGAAAGAACAAUACGCCGAGAUGGAGAGGGGCCUGGCAAAAUACCCAGCCUUUGGAGAACUUGAGCCAUAACAGUGACAGACUGAUGAGAAAAUACUGCCUCCCCUCAGAAACCGCUCAGCCUCUGCCUCAAGUUGAGCAGUGUAUUCAGUGUCACUCUUUUGCAGAAAAAAGAAACUGCUACCGGAGUCUUAGCUGUUUCCUAGAAGAAGAAUGCCACAUCUUCCCAGUUUCAAUUUCCUGUAUCUGCCUGUAUCUCUAAAUGGGGAGAAGUAGGAGGAAAAUGGUAUAAACACGCUCUUUGUUAAUGAGGAUUGGUCUUAGUUUCCAUUGAUUAUCUCGGAGAACUGUAAAUACAGACUUCUUAGAAAAGUAAUUUAAUUCAUUCUUAUGCAGGGUUAAUGUUACUUUAUUAUUGUGGCUCAGAAGGCCGAUAUGGUGGCUGCCUGUCAGAGCCUCCCUGGCUCUUGGAAGAGUGUGUACAGUGUUAUUCCAUGAGUAAUGUACUGAGAAACAACUGUCCUGGGAGCAGAGACCACAUUGAAGAGAGUCAAAACUUUGUCUCUGCUCUUCAAAGAGAGCCACGUUGGUCUCUGAAUUGGCCUGUUAGGAGAAGUUGCAGAUUUUGCAUGGCAGCGUAGUGCCGUGUUUCACUGGAUGACAAGACAUGCUUGUUAAGUUUGUGGCCUUCCAGCACUUCAUAUUUUCAGCUUUUAAAAUGUGCUCACAAGGAAAAGCUUACCAAAAAUAGAGUUGACUUUUAACCUUUCCAAGAACCAUAAUCUUGCCCAUAGAUUUACCUCAUUUUUACGUGUGUUUUGCUGUGGGUAAGCUUUGUAAGAUAAAUAAUGUCUAUACAUGUUUCAGCUGUUUAAUGAGUAAUCAGCAAAAUCUGCCAAGGCGUCCCUCUGGAACCAUAUAAAGAUUCUGGCUCUGAGUACACCAGAAGUAUUUGCCCACAUGGCAAAUGAUCCAUGUUAAAUGUAAAUCCUUUUUAGUGUUUAAUGUCUGUUCUCAUCAGCAGGUGUAUUAAGAUGAAACAUGUACCAGUUCUGUCAUCACUGUGAUCUUUAAAACUCUGCAUUUACCAAUCUAAUGAGGAACUAAGUUGAUUUUUUAUUUGCCAUAAACCGAGCAGAAUUAAAUGCAAUAAUUUCAAGAGAUUUAUGGCAAAUGAAUUUGAGGUAUGGAUAAAUCUUUCAGGUCUUUUUUUUUUUUCAUUGCUCUUCAGUAAAGAAAGGCACAAGAAAGAAAAUACUCAACUCUUGUGUUAUCUCAGUGUUGCUACUGCAGAAAAGUGACAAUGCUUGCUUGUGUAAAUUUAUGGCUUGCUGUCAAAGCUUCAUUCUUGGCUGCAUGUUGAAAAUGUGAUUAAAGUUAAUAGAGGAGAUGAAAUAAGUAUUUGAGAUUUCUUUCAGUAACACUGAACUUCUGCCAACUCCCUCUGUCCGCUACUGUAGGCUUGACAGGUUCAUCCAUCAUCCUCCGGUACCUGGACGAAAAAGAGCACUUGCUGACAUUCAGGCAUGUUGGAAUUUUCUUAAUUCUCUUUCAGUGGAUGGAAAAAGAAAACAUACUUCCCAAAAUAUCCCACACAUGAAAAGGGAGGGGAACCUUAAAUGAAAAUUCCUUUUGUACCAUAGGCAGUUUGGGGAGAGCCAUUAAUUGCCAAUGCACCAUUGAACAGAUGCUGGAACCAGGAGAUCAGGACUUUGUGUGAUUAGGAAUGGUUCCUCAACUUGUGCAGAGAUUUCUGACAGUGUUUGUUCAUCUCAUAUGAAUAAUAAAUACUUUACCAUAUGAGUUUGUAUAUACUAUAGGAGGAUCUAAGAGACUUCUUAAACCAAAAUGAUUUAAUGGACUUUUCGAGCUUUAAACAUUGAUACUAAAUUCUUUCUUUGUGACUUUCUUAGCUGUUCAGUAUAGCUUCUAAAAGAGAGGGUUGCUUUUCUUUCCCUUUACUAUUUUUAGUAGUGAACACUUUCACUUAUAUUUCCCAGUUUUUAAAUCACUUUUGAUAUGUGUUUUAUUUAUAUAUAGAAAGUAGCUUUAGUCGUUACAUAACAUACAGCGUUUCUGCUGCUGUGCUGUCAAGCAGAGAGAGUAUGGAUUCUGUGUGCCUCACUGGAUUAGUUUCUAAUGAUCAAACGAAAUCAUGUUUGUCAACUUAAAGUGCUAUAGAAAUAUUUGUUUUUAAAUUCUAAGUAUUUUUUAUUUUUCAUCAUGAUUUCUUUUUUGACUUAUAUAUGUGGAUUUUUUUUUCCAUUUCCUAACAUGUAGUUUUUUGCCUUUUUUUUUUUUAUUUGCGGUACGCGGGCGUCUCACCGCUGCGGCCUCUCCCGUCGCGGAGCGCAGGCUCCGGACGCGCAGGCCCAGCGGCCACGGCCCACGGGCCCAGCCGCUCUGCGGCACGCGGGACCCUCCCGGACCGGGGCACGAACCCGUGUCCCCUGCAUUGGCAGGCAGACUCCCAAUCACUGCGCCACCAGGGAAGCCCUAACAUGUAGAUUUUUAAGUUCUGCUCUUAUUAUUGAUUUCUGCUUUUAUUGGAUUGUGGUCCAAGUAUAGAUUCAUAUAAGACUUGAGAUGUUAAAAUUUGUUGAGAUUUGCCAUCUUACCUAAAAUAUGCUAAGUUUUUGUAAAUGUUGUGUUAGUGCUUAAAAGUAUGCAUAUUUUCCAACUGUUGGGUAUUCAUUAGACCAAACUUGUUAAUUGUGUUGGUUAAAUUGUCUGUUUUACUGUUCUUUUUUUCUUCUACUUGAUCUUCCAGAUUCUGAUAUGUGUUAAAAUUUCCUACUCUAGUGGAUUUUCUGAUUUCUCCCUGUAAUUCUUUCAGUUUUUAUUUCAUAUAUUUUGAAGCUUUGUUAUUAGGUACAUACAAGUUUAGAAUUAUCUUCCAAGUUUAGAAUUGAAUCUUAUAUUUGUAGUCACAGCCUCUAUUUCUAGUAAUGUUUUUGUAUCAGUUUAUAUUGCUUUAAAAUCUGUUUCUAAAAGAGAGAUUUAUACAGGCCACACCAGCUGGUUAAUAAUUUGUAGGGUAUAAAUUUCUUUAUUCUUCUGUUGGACCUUUAUAUCAUGUUUUCAUGUGCCCCUUAAAAACUGUAACUAGAUUUUUUUUCUUUCUAUCUAAUUAUCUUUUAACUGGAGACUUUAAUCCAUUUUACAUUUGUUGAAAUUACUAAUAUAUUAGGAUUUAUUUAUACAGUAAGUCCACUACAUAUGAACCUUCAAGUUGCGAAUUUUCAAAGAUGCGAACGUGCAUUCAUUCUCCUGUCCAAUCACGUAAGCUAGUUCACGUGUCUUUCAUACAUUGAACACCUUGCUGUGUAACACGAGGAGCUUACUAAUAAAGACCUGACAGAAUUGGAGGCCCAGAGAAAGGACGAAGAGAGACAAGAGGAAGAAGAAGAACAGAAGAGAUUCACAACACAGGAAAUAGCAAGGGGAUUGUCUUUAUUUAGAGGAGGCACUGUUAGUUUUUGAGCACAGGACCCGAAUGUAGAACGGUACACGAGGGUUGCAGCAGCCAUUCAGAAUGCGAUCCAGUGCUACCGUGUCAUCUGUGACAGCAAAAAAAAAAAGAGCUCCUACCCGGACAUCACUGGAUCGUUUUUACAGGAGGGUAGGUAGAAUUGAAUCCAGCAAGGAACCAGAACCUGUGCCAUCAGUGUCAGGCAUGAGUGAAAUUGCAGCUUGCCCUCCAUCUCCUAUUGCUGACGAUCCUUCAGCUCUACCAUCUCCCACCUCCUCUCCCUCCUCCAGUCAGUAACUCUUCUUGCCUGUUCACUCGAUGCCAGCCCCGGUAUCCCAGCUGUUGUACUGUACUACUGUACUUUUCAAGGUACUGUACUGUGAGAUUAAAAAUGUUUUCUUUAUUUUUUGUGUUUGUUUUUUAUGUAUUAUUUGUGUGAAAAGUAUUGUAAACCUAUUACAGUACAGUACUGUGUAGCUGAUUGUGUUAAUUGGGUACCUAGGCUAACUUUGUCAGACUUACAAACAAAUUGGACUUAAAAAUGCGCUCUCAGAAUGGAACUUGUUCACAUGUAGGGGAUUUGCUGUACCAUCUUACUGUGCUUUUUGUCCCACCAUUUUGUUUCCUCACUGCCUUUGGGUUUUUUUUCUUUUCUUUUUCCACACUGAGUUUUGGUUUUGUUUUGUUUUGUUUUACAAUUUUCCUCUACUAGUUUGAAAGGUAAAACUCAAUUUUUAUCUUUUUAGUGCUUACCAUGAAAUUUAGUUUGCAUAGUUAACAGAAUCUAAAGUUUAUGUCUUUACUCUUAUUUGAAUAUUAGACUUCUGAACAAAGUGAUUGCUUCCCCUUAACUAAUAAGUGUCUAGAAUUUUAGUUUUAUCUCAGUUUAACUCCAAAAACAGUUAUUUUUUACAGUCAGUAUUUGCUUAUUAUCCUUGAAAGUUAUCUGGGUAUACAAUUCUAGAUAGACAGUUAUUUUCUCUCAGUAUUUAAAGAUAUUGUUCCACUGUCAUCUUGCUUCCAGUGUUGCUACUGAAAUGACACUUGUCGGUCUGAUCAGUAUUUCUUUGUAGAUAAUCUGUCGUCUCCUUCAGGUUAUGUUUAAGUUCUUUAUCUUUCGCAUUCUACAAUCAAAUGUCAUUAUACUACAGCAUGUCUACUGUGGAUUUCUUUUCAUUGAUCUAUUCAGAUUCACUGAGCUUCUUGAAUCUGAGAAUUAGUGCCUUUCAUGAAUUAUGAGAAAUUCUCAACUUUUACCUCUUUGAAUAUUGUACCUUUACAUUCUUUGGAUUCUCUCCUUUAGGAGAUCAAGUUAGACUUAAGUGUUCCCAUCUCACUCUGUUCUCCAUAUUGCUUUAUCUCCAUUUCGUAUUUUCUAUCUCAUUGUCUCUAUGUGUUGAAUUCUGGAUGAUUUGUUUAAAUGUGUCUUCUCACUGUCUUUAACCUAUCAAGUUUUUAAUUAUGGGUAUAUUUUUUUCAUUUCCAAAAGUGUUGUUUGGUUCUUCUUCAAACUUCCUUCAUCAUUUGGGGUAGUUCCAUUAUUCCCUCUUUUUCUUUUCUUUGAACAUAUUAAAUGUACUUAUUUUGCAUUCUGCAUAUGAUGAUUUCUGUAUUUUUCUCCUUUUUUGUGAAUCUGAAUCUAUAGUUUGUUGUUUGUUGUUUUGUCUGAAACAAGUUUAUGGUGACUUGUUUUCUGAUGUGAUCAGUGAAUUUUCAUUGUGAGUUUACAUUCCUCUGAACUUUCUUUUCGGGAAUUUUUGGUAUGUUUUGUGUGUUUUGGUUUUUGGGUUUUUUUCCUAGCACCUCCAUUUUGUUUCUUAUGGCCCUCUAACCCUGGACCACUUCAAAGUCAGUUUUCACCUUGAGUUUUCCUCCACUCCCACCCUGUCACUCAGUGUGUGUGUGCUCACAGACACUUACAGGCAGUGUGAAUUUCUUCCUCAAAUGUAUGCCAGUGUCAGGCUGUGAUAAGACAUUCCUAGAGAUUUUUUUCAUCCUUCACAGCUCUACUUGGAAUAAGAAGAGAAACUUUAGGUGUUUUCCUAGUUCACUCACUGAGAGUGGUGCCCUUUGGGGAUUCACCAAUUGUACUGCAGUCCAGCUCAGUCCCUGUUGUGAGCUGAAUUGUGUCCCCCAAAAUUCAUACGUUAAAGUCCUAACCAAUGUGACUGUAUUUGGAGACAAGGCCUAUGAGGAGGUAAUUAAGGUUGAGUGGGGUCAGAAGGGUGGGGCCCUGAUCUGAUAGCACGGGUGUCCUUAUAAGAAGAGGAAGAGACAGUAGAGCACCCUUUCUCCACGUGCACACAGAGAAAAGAUCAUAUGGUCGCAGCAGAAAAGGUGGCCAUCGGCAAACCAGGAAGAGAGGCCUCAACAGGAUGGAAUUUUCCAGCACCUUGAUCUUGGACUUCUUACCUCCUGAACUGUGAGAAGAUAAAUUUCUUUUGUGUAAGCUACCCCAUCUGUGGUGUUUUGUUACAGUGGCCCAAGCAGACUAACACAGUCCCAGACGGUGAUUCCUGCCCCCAUGCAGGCACAGGUCCUUAAAACUGGGGUUCUUCUAGGCCACAGGGAUGGGGACCUAGGACAGUUAUCAGUUCCAGAGUCAAAUUAUCCUGUAGAAUUUCACUUUUUCCCGAUCUGCCUUCAGUUGUUUUCAUUAAUUUGCGAUGAACUUAGCCAUGAAUAAAAAAUACAGUUAACUAACACAACAUUGUAAAGCAAUUAUACUCCAAUAAGAAAAAAAUAAUAAAGUAAAAAUAAAUACAGUUAAACUUUUUUUCUAGCAUUUUUGGUGUUCAGUAGCUAUUGGAGAUUUCUCUGUUCAAAAAGGUAUGUUAGGUAUAUGUUGAUUUUAUUAUAUUCAAAUUUCCCUCCCAAAAGACCUUGUCCAUAUUCUAGUAUAAAGGAUGAUACCUUUUCUUUCAAUCAUUGUGCCUAAUGUUCAAUAUUUUCUAUUUUGUGUUUUCUUAUUAUCUGUGAACUAAUUUGAUUGUUUCCAUUAUUUCUAUUGGAUUCUUUUUACUAUUCAUGAGCUAAUAAAAGCAAAUAAGAGUAUAGCAGUCUCA